AUGGAGAAAUAUCAUACGCCUCUGAAGCAAAUAACUAGCAGCGGGAGAGUUAUACCGCAAAAAAUAGAAUACAUUACCCAAGAUUUGCCAAAAAAAUCAAGGUCUUUGAGCACUCUGACCAAAAGGGUAGCAUCAAAUACGUCACUUAGAGGUACUGCUGAAAAGAGUAGAUUUGUUUCUUCCAGUUCAUUAACUAGCACACUUGCUGCGUCUCCUUCGAUGAAAAAGAAAUAUAUUUAUCCUGCUAUAGUAUCCGAAGUUGCUGCUGCUUUUUUGCAUGAAAUCAAGUUAUCUGGACAUUUCAAGUAUGGAAUAGAGUAUAGAAACUCUUUUUCUGGAGCUGAAGCAAUUGAUGUUAUUUGUAGGAUUACUAAGAUUCGUGAUAGAAAUCUAGCUAUAAUUCUGGGUCGGGCUUUAGAUUCUCAAAGGCUUUUCCAUGAUGUGACCUACGAACAUAAAUUGAGAGAUAAUAAAAAUGAGAUUUAUUUAAUAAGUGAUGAGUAUCUCUAUAAUCAGUCAGAUGAUUUCAGAAGACAAAACUCCGUUUCAAGCAACCUCAAUAAUACGGAAGAGUACAAUAUGAAUUCUUCGGCCUCUAAUUUAGCAUACACUAAUGAAAGAUCACCUGAUAUCAGCUCUAUUUCUGGUGUCUUUACCUUGUUGACUGAGUGCUACUCUCCAACGUGUACCAGAGACAAAAUUUGCUACAGUGUUUCGUGCCCAAGAAGGUUCGAGCAGAAGAUGAGGGCAGAAAUGCAAAGUAGUAGUUUAAUUAGAUCUGAUUCACACGUUUCGUUUACUCAAGAUGACCAAAAGCAAUACUGGCAAUUGACUGUUCCCAAGAGUUUAAUGGAUGGCUUAGAUAAAGGAGAAAUCAAAAGGCAAGAGUGCAUUUUUGAAACAAUAAAUUCAGAAAAAGCAUUCAUAAAAGAUUUGGAGUAUAUCAGAGAAUUCUGGAUGCGACCUCUGGCUGAAACUAAGAUCAUCAAAGAUAAAGAAAGAGAUCAGUUCAUUAGAAAUGUAUUUCACAAUAUCAACGAGAUUUGGGAAGUAAAUCACAAAUUUGCUGAAGCUUUGGUCAGACGACAACAGAAAUCACCAAUAGUUGAUUCAAUUGCUGAUAUUUUCCUCGAUUAUAUACCCCAAUUUACACCGUUUAUUACAUACGGUGCUGGACAAGUCAUUGGUAAGUAUGAGUUUGAUAGGCAAAGGAGACACAAUCCUUUGUUGAGAAGAUUUAUAGAGGAUACUGCUAAAAGGGAAGAAUCUAAGAGGUUGGAUUUAUCUUCAUUUUUGUCUAAGCCCACCACUAGACCUGCUAGGUAUCCAUUGUUGUUAAAAAGUAUUAGAGAUCAUACCAAUCCAGAAUCACCUGAUCAUAAAAAGUUAGGUACGGCAAUCGAACUUUUGGAGAAAAUGUUAACAAAAAUCAAUUUUGAAACGGGUAAGCAAUCCGAUAAGAUGAAUUUAUUCCAGAUCAGACAAAAAUUGCUAUUCAAGCGAGGUGAGUUGGUUGAUCUGAAGUUAAGUGCAGAUAAUAGGAAGGUCAUUUAUCAAUGUGUUUUGAAGAAGAAAGGAUAUCAAGAGAAGGAGAAACAGGGUGAAAUCCACGUUUUUCUAUUUGACCAUUGUUUACUUUUCAUCAAACUGGGUUACACAAAUAAACGAGAAAUCUAUGAAGUUUAUCAAAGGCCUAUACCGUUGCCUCUCUUGUUCUUUUCUACCACCGAAAACCCACCAAGCAUCAGGUCUAUCAGAUCCGCUGCCAUGAAAACUGGUUCUGCACCUUCUCAACUAGGCCUGAAUUCAAAUUCAGGACUAGUGCCCUUGAAUUCCACUGUUUUGAAAUCACCAAUAUCGUUCAGAUAUAUUGGUAUUCAUGGUUAUGAGUUGACGUUGUAUGGUACUCCUGCAACGCAAAAGAUCUUAGCAAGCAAAAUUGGAGCUCAAACAAAAAAGAUCCUGGCAGAUAAUGAUGUAUAUACCCUGACUCCGUUGUGUUCCAACUUUUUCGAUUCGCAGAAUAGAAUCAAUUGUGUGGUGCCAUUUGAUGGUGGUAGAAAGCUAUUAUAUGGUACUGACUCUGGUGUUUAUACUGGUGACCGAUUAGCUGCCAAUACAUCUAGAACUAAAGUCAUUGCUAAGGUCAAUAUCAUCCAAGCAGAAAUCAUUCAAGAGUAUCAAAUUUUGGUGGCGCUAUGUGAUAGAAAGCUGUUAUACUGGCCCACCAGUGUGUUGAACGGUGGUGAUCCGAUGAAAAAUGCAAAACUAGCUAAAGAACUAAUGAAUCACGUGUCUUUCUUCAAAAUAGGCGUAUGUGAUGGUAGAAUGUUGUUGUGCGCUGCCAAGUCAACCUCCAACAUUGUGCGUAUUUUCGAACCUGUUGAUCCGGCCCAGCAGAAGAAACAGAAAAAGAAGUUUCUCAACGAUAAGGAGGACAUCCAUUUCACCUCUGAGCCUGUGUCGAUCAACUUCUUAAAGACAAAGUUGUGUGUCGGAUGCUCAAACGGCUUCCAAAUUGUGUCUUUGGUUAACAAUACCAUGGAGACACUAUUGGAUCCGGCAGAUACAUCAUUGGAGUUUGCUACCAGCAGGGAAGGCCUCAAGCCGUUGGAGAUUGACAGAAUCAACAGCGACUUUUUACUUUCCUACUCGAACUUUUCAUUUUUCAUCAACCACAACGGAUGGCGUGUCCGCCCUAAAUGGAUGAUUGAAUGGGAAGGCGUUCCGCACUCCUUUGCUCUUUGGUACCCGUACCUCUUAGCGUUUGACUCCAACUUCAUCGAGAUAAGAAGCGUGCAGAACGCAGACUUGUUGAGGGUCAUUGUUGGUGAGAACAUACGUUUCUUGCAUGCUUCGUCCCAAGAGAUUCUGUAUGCAUACGAAGACGACAAGGGUUACGACGUUGUUGCUUCAUUGGACUUCUGGGACAAAAGCAUGAAGAACAGUCGCAGCCGCAGCAAUACGGUAAACGAAAUGGGAAGACGUGUAUCAUCUGCCAUAUAA